AUGAGGCUAAUAAGUUGGAACUGUCAAGGGCUUGGGAACCGUUGGACAGGUAAAAGCCUUCGCAAGAUUGUGAGAGAACAAGUUCCCACAGUCUAUUUUCUUAUGGAGACAAGACUAGACAAGGAUGGAUUUGAGAAUUUGGAAGCUUUGGAAUCUUGCCAACUUCAAGACCUUGGCUUUAAGGGUUACCCAUUUACAUGGAACAACAAGAGACGGGGGGAAGCAAAUACAAAAAUUCGGUUGGAUAGAGGGGUGGCCAAUGAAGCUUGGUUAAGGAAGUUUCCAUUUAGCAGAAUUACACACUUAUCAGCACAUGCAUCGGAUCACCUUCCAUUGUUGUUGCGAGUACAAUCUUUUAACCAUCAAAGGCAGAGAAGGGAGAAAAGCUUCAAGUUUGAGGAGUCUUGGCUGUUGAAAGCUGAUUGUGAGGCCACAGUGAAAGAGGCAUGGGGUAGAGACACUAUUGCUGCACAUGGACUUGAGUCCAUUAAGCAAAAAAUCCAAAGGUGUGGACCAGAAUUAUUGAGUUGGGGUACGGCAUGGACUGAUCCGGAUGUUAAAGCUAUCAAAGAGACUCAAAAAAGAUUGGAUCAGUUGAAUGAAGAAGAAAUCUGA